AGGUAGGAACGAACGAUGAGUGAGAUAUGAUAUGAAAUAUGAAAUGAAAUUCUAUCUAGGAAUUCUUCCAGUCUUGAUUGAUUUGAUUUGAGAAGAUGCAUAGCAGGAAUUAAAACUUUGCUUCCUAUUUUACUUCUCAUUUUCCUCCCCUACCUCUACUUAACAAUGCCUUUUCCAAAGAAGCUUAUCCCAUUUGCUUCGAUCCUAACAGCUACUUUUCUAUUCCUACUUUUCAAAUCAUUAUACCUCAAAACCCAAUUGAUAUUGACGACGGAUUUCGAAAAAACUGGUCGAUGGCAUAAUGAUAUAAAGAUAUCUAGUAGCAAAUGGAGAAGUCAGCAAGAAACCCAAAAACCGAUAUCCUUUCAUCCGGGUAUCGUCAAGCCAUAUCCUGGGAAAUAUUCAAAAAUGCUCGUUAUCGCCAGUACAAGCGAAGAAGAUGUGAGUUGGGUUAUGGAAAAUUUCGAAAAUGAUACUUCUAUUCAAUCGACUAUAUAUAGGGCCGAUGAUCCACAAGCCGAAUAUCAUCCUCCGAAGAAUAAAGGUCAUGAAGUUAUGAUAUAUCUUUCGUAUAUCAUUGAGAAUUAUAACAAUCUUUCGGAUGUUAGCAUAUUCAUGCAUUCUCAUCAGACGACAUGGCAUAACAAUGAACUUCUCGAUCUCGAUUCGGCUCAAAUGAUCUCGAGAUUAUCUUCCGAACGGGUUAUACGAGAAGGAUAUAUGAAUUUACGAUGUCAUUGGCAUCCAGGAUGUCCAGAUUGGAUGCAUCCAGGAAUAGUGGAAGAGGAUGAUAAUAAACAAGAGCAAACUAUUAUGGCAAGAGCAUGGUUAGAACUCUUUCCACUCGAGCCUGUUCCAGAUGUACUUGCACAACCUUGUUGCGCACAAUUUGCCGUUUCCAAAGAACGAAUUCAAACUUUGCCACUAGCAAGAUAUAUCUUUUAUCGAGAUUGGUUGUUGAGAACAGAGUUAUCAGAUUACAUAAGUGGUAGAGUGUGGGAAUAUAUUUGGCAAUUUGUUUUUUCUGGACAAACGAUAUUAUGUCCAAAAGAGCACAUUUGCUAUUGUGAUGGAUAUGGUAUUUGCUUUGGAGGAGAAAUGGAAUAUCAGGCGUAUUUGGAUAAGCAAACUGAAAAGGACAACCUGAAGAUUGAAAUAGAGGAAUGGGAUAUCCGAAAUGAAGAGAUGCAGAAUUUGAUAGAUGAAGGGAGGGAAGAAGAAAUUGCGACUUUGGAAGGACCUGAUCCGGCCAUAAAGGAAAAGUUAGAGAAGGAUAUUGAUGAAAUCCAACGUUGGCUUGAAAUAAACAAAGAAGAAGCAAUGCAACGUGGCGAUGUCGCUCCUAAUCGAGCUAAAGAAGCUGGUAGAGAAUGGAAAGAUGGAGAUGGAUUUUAAUGGUAGAUGUGGAAUCAUCGGUGUGUAACUGUCUGACCUUUUCAAGGUUAAUCUCCGUCAUAUCGAGUGGCAUGUCAAGCUUGAGAUGGCCUCGCUUUGAUAUCAUGAGAUUUGGGCAUGAAAUUUCUCGAAGCAGAGUCACUUCAAAUCAACGCCAUAUCAUAUGAGGUUAACAAGGAAGGAAGCCCUAAUUUAAGUGGGACGGAUCGACGACUGAAAACUCUCGAAUCGAUCAUAGGAAGGUUGCUGCCGUAACCUUACACGAAUUGUUAGUGUUCCGGAUCUUGGCUCGCGGAAACCUCUUUACAAUCUCUCGUUCAGGUUACUCCAAAUUAAUCCUCAUGUCCCUGAAUGGUCCGCACACUGUCACCGGAACGAAGACCGCGUGGCACAUGCCCAUCACGUGUAGGGUUCAGGUCUUUGACAGCCGUUGUCAUACUUCCUGAUGCCCUUGUACAGAAAAAUCAUUUUUAGUGUGGAUGUGGACCGUACAGUGUAGUGUAGAUUGUGGAGAAUCGAGAUAGUUUUAUUGAAAUAUGAGCGAAGAACUGGAGCUGCAGGUUGAGUUAAUUUGGAAUCUGAGGAAGCCGAAAUUCGAAUGAAUGUAGAUGACGAUAGCGGAUGGCAUCCUUGAUAUGGAUUACUACAGUGUCAUGUAAUAUGGAUGAUUCUUCUCAAUCCACCAUUAAUAUAUCCACAAUGGAUAUUGAUACGGGUGAUUUCGGUAUUGAUGAUGCAUCCUUAAUGAGAAAGACUCCAUGAUCACCGUCCUCGAACAGCUUGAAGUAGUCCUCUCCGAGUACUGGGUAGGACCGAGGUGAGGUUGUUUGCAUCCGUGAAUAUCGAUGUUCAAUGCCGGUACCCAAACAUUUCCAUCGAAUAGCUAAGUGUAAAGAGUCAGACUGCCAAUAUGAAUAUCCUCGGAGAUGAGAUGAAAUUCAAACUCUAAUAGAUG